AGCGCCUCGCUGCCCCGGGAGGGGCUGCUGCCGCGUACGCAGUUUCCAUGGGGACUGAAGAUGGCGCCGCGAGGUAAACGAUUAUCCUCCACCCCUCUGGAGAUCCUGUUCUUCCUCAACGGGUGGUAUUAUGCUACCUAUUUCCUGCUGGAACUCUUCAUAUUCCUGUAUAAAGGUCUGUUGCUGCCAUACCCAACAGCCAACCUUGUACUGGAUAUGGUGAUGCUCCUCCUUUAUCUGGGAAUUGAAGUCAUUCGACUGUUUUUUGGUACAAAGGGAAACCUCUGCCAGCGGAAGAUGCCCCUUGGCAUUAGUGUGGCCUUGACCUUCCCAUCUGCCAUGCUGGCCUCCUACUACCUACUGCUACAGACCUACGUGCUCCGCCUGGAGGCCAUCAUGAACAGCGUCUUGCUCCUCUUCUGUGGCUCAGAGCUGCUGCUUGAGGUGCUCACCCUGGCCACUUUCUCCAGUAUGGACAGGAUCUGAGGCCGACAGCACACAUACUUCUGAUACUUUACACCUGUGGGAAGUGAUAUGUCAAGCUGGCCUUGGAAAGGUUGUGGAGCUUUUCUCCAGUACAUACACCAUCAGGCAACAAGCCCACCAAAGGCCAGUGAGCAGCAUCUUCUAAACCAAGAGCACCAGCCACACUCCAGUACAGGCUGGGCAACGUGGUCCCCACCCGGGGCCGUCUCAGAACCGUUUCCUGCUCACCUCUCUCCUUUGGAUGUCAUGGCCAAAGCAGCUGGUGUGGACCAUGUAUGCUCCCUGGGCUUUCGGCAGGCCUGACCCACAUGCCCUCAUGUAUGCUGAGCCACAUCUGUCUGGCAUGCACGUGGAAUGUCUCACGAAGGUGAUGGGAAAGCCCCCUGCCCCACUGCUCAGGGACACUGAGCUCCAGAACCUUUUUUAGUAGCUCAUAGUGUUAUUUUUCUAUUCUGAUCAUGAAGCGAACACUACUUUAUAAUAAAUAUGUAUUUUCUGUUG